AUGAGGAGGGGGAACCAGAGUAGUGUGUCUGAGUUCCUCCUCCUGGGGCUCCCCAUCCAGCCAGAGGAGCAAGGCAUGUACUGUGCCCUGUUCCUGGCCAUGUACCUGACCACGUUGCUGGGGAACCUGCUCAUCAUCCUGCUCAUCAGACUGGACUCUCGCCUCCACACCCCCAUGUACUUCUUCCUCAGCCACUUGGCCCUCACUGAACUCUCCUCUCCUCAGUCACAGCUCCAAAGAUGCUCUGACAUGCUGAUGCAGAUUCAGUCCAGCUCAUAUGCUGGGUGCAUUUGUCAUGCAUAUUGUUUUUCCUAUUUUGCAGAUCUUGACAGCUUCCUCCUCACCUCAAUGGCCUAUGACAGGUAUGUGGCCAUCUGUCACCCCCUGCACUACACCACCGUCAUGAGUCAGAGCCUCUGUUUCUUGUUUAUAAUUGUGUCCUGGGUCUUGUCCUUUGCCAGUGCUCUUGUGCACACCCUUCUCCUGGCCCGCGGCAUGAGGAGGGAGAACCAGAGCAGUGUGUCUGAGUUCCUUCUCCUGGGGCUCCCCAUCCAGCCAGAGGAGCAAGACGUCAUCUUCGCCCUGUUCCUGGCCAUGUACCUGACCACGGUGCUGGGGAACCUGCUCAUCAUCCUGCUCAUCAGGCUGGACUCUCACCUCCACACCCCCAUGUACUUCUUCCUCAGCCACUUGGCUUUCACCGACAUCUCCUUUUCGUCUGUCACUGUCCCAAAGAUGCUGGUGAACAUGAAAACUAGUCACAAGUCCAUUGCUUUCGCAGGGUGCAUUUCCCAGAUGUAUUUUUUCAUAUUUUUUACUGACCUGGACAGCUUCCUCAUCACAUCGAUGGCAUACGACCGAUACGUCGCCAUAUGUCAUCCUCUCCACUAUACCGCCAUCAUGAGGGAAGAGCUAUGUACCUCCCUAGUGGCUCUGUCCUGGGUCCUGUCCUGGGCCAGCUCCCUGUCUCACACCCUGCUCCUGACCCAGCUGUCUUUCUGUGCUGCUAACACCAUCCCCCACUUCUUCUGUGACCUGGCCGCCCUGCUCAAGCUGGCCUGCUCAGACAUCUUCCUCAAUGAGCUGGUCAUGUUCACAGUCGGGGUGGUAGUCAUUACUCUGCCAUUUGUCUGUAUCCUGGUAUCAUAUGGCUACAUUGGAACCACCAUCCUGAGGGCGCCUUCAACCAAGGGACUCUGCAAAGCCUUGUCCACAUGUGGCUCUCAUCUCUCUGUCGUGUCUCUGUAUUAUGGAGCCAUAUUUGGACAGUACCUCUUUCCAACGUUCAGCAAUUCCGUUAACAAGGACAUCAUUGUGGCGAUCAUGUACACAGUGGUCACACCCAUGUUGAACCCCUUUAUCUACAGCCUGAGGAACAGGGACAUGAAAGCUGCCCUUGGAAAACUCUUCAGUAGAGCAACAUUUUUCUCACAGUAA